AUGCCCUCGAUACCAGUGCGCAUCGUCAAGCCCAGCCCUCCAGGUACUGAGGCAUAUGAGGCUAAGCGAGCCACCGUGCUGCAAGAGUUAUCCGACUCUAUUCCCGAAACCCUCUGGUUAUCUGAAGACGCUGUUAAAAAUGCCGGGAAAGACGUCACCAAAGUGCCCAGUACCUGUGGCCUCUUGACUAGCCGGGAACUUGAAAUCACAGAAACUCACGACGCAACGUCCCUCGCCCAGGCCAUCGCCAACAAGACAUACUCUGCCGUAGAAGUGGCCAUUGCCUUUUCCAAGCGCGCCGUGAUUGCGCACCAGCUCACCUGCUGCCUUACAGAAUGGUUCAUGGACGACGCUGUCGCGCGGGCCAAGGAGCUUGACGACUAUCUUCUCAAGACUGGCGUUACUGUCGGUCCUCUGCACGGUGUGCCAGUGAGCAUCAAAGUCCAUGCACCCAUGAAGGGGCAUUACAGCAGCACUGGCUUCAUCAACACGAUCAAGAAGAAUGACGAGGAUUGCCAGAUUGUCAAGAUUCUGCGUGACGCCGGCGCCGUCUUCUACUGCAAGACAAAUCAGCCACAGGCCAUUAUGCAUCUGGAGACAACAUCCUUCUAUGGCCGAACGCUGAACCCUUACAACUACAACCUAUCUGCGGGAGGCUCUUCGGGCGGUGAAGCCGCGCUGAUUGCCCUGCGAGGAUCUCUGCUUGGUCUUGGCACAGAUAUUGGCGGUAGUAUUCGCGGUCCUGCUGCAUUCUGUGGCAUCUACGGCUUCAAGCCCACGACCACCUAUGUCCCAAGUUACGGAUACCUCGAAUCCGAUAUUCCCUGUAUGCUGAAUAUUCCCGGCGCUGCUGGCCCGAUGGCCGUCUCGCUCCGGGACAUGGACCUCUUCAUGUCCAUUGUCAUUCGGUCCCAGCCGUGGCUGCUAGAUCCAAACAUGAUUCCCAUUCCGUGGACAGGCCUAAAUACUCCCACUAGCCCACAACCACUAAAGAUUGGAUUCAUGAUGACAGAUGGUGCUAUCCAGCCUCAACCACCAGUAACUCGAGCCCUCAACUGGGCUCGAGAGACGUUACUUGCGGCUGGGGUCAAGGUUGUGGACUUUCAGCCUCAUAAGACAGCAGAGGCUAUUGCUAAUAUUCGCAAAAUCUACUGGUGCAAUGGUAUCGCUGGAGUUAAGCAAUGUCUCCAAGAGACGGGGGAGCCUGAGCAUCCUCUGACUGAAUGGAUCUGUGCCGACGCUGUGCCGGAAGGGGAGCAUACUAUUGAUACCAUGUACGCCCACCGUCGCCAAAGAGAUGCAUUUUGGGGCGAGUUUGCCAAGUACUGGAGCUCGCAAGAUGCCGACGUUGUUAUUGUGCCGGCCUUUGUCGGUCCCGCCUGCGAACACGACACAGCCUGGGACUGGAACUACACAGCUCUCUGGAACUAUCUCGACUGCCCUGGUGCAGUGUUCCCAACACCUAUUCGCACAGAAGGCAAAGAAGGAACCCCGGAAUAUAACCGUACAGAACCAUUGAGUGAGGAAUGCAUACGUGUAAGGCAGCUCUGGGAAAAGGGCGACUUUGACGGCGCUCCAAUCAACCUGCAGAUUGUUGCACGCCGAUACCACGAUAAUCAGCUCUUCCAAGCUUUGCAAGCGAUCAAACCAAUCUUGGGCUUGUCUUAG